GAAUUGCUGUUGGUACCAGAGCCAACGAGACUUCGGAUAUGGCAGUUGCACCAGGCCACUAACAUUUCAAGAAUUCCACUGGUACUGCAUGGGUCAGUUGAAACCGUGCGCUGUUAAUCGAUGAUAGGGUACCAUCGGCGAGUGACCCUUUUUAACCCUUCUGAACGCGUGUCUGUGAUUUAGUUUCGUGUUUUUCUCUGUUCAUCCUCCACAUCUACCGUGCGUGUUUUGUGUGUCCUUUUUUAUCAAAAUGACCAAGAAGUACACUUUGAAUAAAAUGGACUCCAGCUCGGAGUCGAGCGCCUCCAAGAGGUUUCCCCAGUACCUAGCAGCUCUAUCCGUGUGUUUAGGAUCAGUAGCGGCCGGCUCCGUUCUAGGAUGGACUGGGACCAUCUCAGAAUCCUUGCAGCACAGCGACCUCAACGGCAUCCCAGUGGAUACGGAUGCUUUGGGCUGGAUCUCUGGAUUUGUCACCCUUGGGGCCAUGGUGAUCUGUUUCCCCAUUGGGUUUAUAUGCGAUGGGAUCGGCCGGAAGUGGGCCUGCCUCCUCACGAUCAUCCCAUUCUCCAUUGGUUGGGCGCUGGUCAUUUUUUCCUCCGGUACUCUGAUGAUCUACAUUGGCCGGUUCCUAACAGGCCUUGCAGGAGGAGCUUUUUGCGUGGCCGCUCCCCUCUACACGAGCGAAAUUGCUGAAAAGGAGAUCAGAGGUGCUCUGGGCAGUUACUUUCAACUUUUGCUCACUGUCGGAGUACUCUUUUCGUAUGUGUGCGGGACUGUGACUACGCCGAAAAUGCUUUCGAUUCUUUGCGCCUUUAUCCCCAUCGGUUUCGGCGUUGCGUUCUUUUUCCAGCCGGAAACUCCGUUUUAUCUUCUGAAGAAAGGAGACAAGGAAGGUGCUUUGCGCAGCCUUCAGCGACUCAGGGGCCCAGAUUAUGAUAGCGAAGCGGAACUGAAGGACCUGCAGGAUCAGCUUGAUAAAAGCGAGCAAAACAAGAGCAAAGCGUUGCAGACCAAAGCGGCGAAGAAAGCCAUGUUCAUCUGCUUUGGGCUCAUGGUGUUCCAGCAGCUGAGCGGUGUGAACGCCGUAAUUUUCUUCAUGUCGAUGAUUUUCGCCAGCGCUGGAGGCUCCAUACCAGCUGCGUAUGCCACCAUAGGGGUUGGUGUCGUUCAAGUGAUCGCCACCUUCAUCUCGUCCCUAAUCGUCGAUAAAUUCGGCAGGAAAAUCUUGCUGAUUGCUUCCGCGUUCUUUAUGGCCUUCUCGGGCACUCUGCUGGGCGUGUUCUUCACGCUUAAGGACCGAAACCUGGUCGACGAACAGACUUUGCAGAACAUCGGCUUUCUACCCAUCGUCAGCAUGGUCAUCUUCAUCACGGUGUUUUCGCUGGGCUUCGGGCCCAUUCCUUGGAUGGCUUCUUCGGAAAUCAUGCCUCCAGAAAUCAAGUCUACAGCCAGUUCGGCUGCAGCAACUUUCAACUGGUUCCUGGCCUUCAUAGUCACGAGGUUCUACAACAAUCUGGCUUCGGCCAUUGGAGGUGAUGUAACGUUUUACCUGUUUGCGGCCAUCACGCUUGUUGGAUGCGCCUUUGUAUACUUCGUCAUGCCAGAGACCAAGGGGAAGACAUCGCAAGAAGUGCAAGACAUCUUGAGCGGCGUUAGGCCUGGAAGUGCUGAUGGUAAAGGCAUCGACAACCCCACUUUCAAGAGCUAGUCAAGAAUUGAUGCAAACCUCUCGAGCGGUCCUCAGUAGGCAGUUAAGCAGUUUUUUGUCUAUCAACACCGAUACCGAAAAAACUAACAUUUUUAUCAGUAUGAAGUUUUUAAGUGUAUAUACGAUUGGGAAAAAGCAGAAAUAGGAUCCCAAUGUACUGAAUCUAGAUUAGGCAAUUGUUAAUUGUAAGUUUUAUAUAAUGAUGUAUUUGGAAGUUGAAUAGAUUUUAUGAAUUAUUUAA